UCAUACGUACUCAUGGUCACAAUCUGACGUUGCAAUUUUCAUUGCUUAUUCCUCUGUUUUUGGCGUGGCCUUUUAUAGACGCUGAAGGAAGGCUUUCGUUGGCUCUUCUGAAUCCGAGUCUAUCUCAGCCUUCGGGUUAAACGACAGCUCAUUUCGGUGUCUCUUUCUCUGCUCUCUGCUUUGCUACCGUUUUAUAAACAAUGGGGCUGUCUUUUACCAAGCUUUUCUCUCGUCUCUUCGCUAAGAAAGAGAUGCGCAUUCUAAUGGUCGGUCUUGAUGCUGCUGGUAAAACCACAAUCCUGUAUAAACUCAAGUUGGGAGAGAUUGUCACCACAAUCCCCACUAUUGGAUUUAAUGUGGAGACUGUAGAGUAUAAGAACAUUAGUUUCACUGUGUGGGAUGUUGGGGGUCAGGACAAGAUUCGACCUUUGUGGAGACACUACUUCCAAAACACUCAAGGGCUUAUCUUUGUUGUGGAUAGCAAUGAUCGAGAUCGUGUUGUUGAGGCUAGAGACGAGUUGCACAGGAUGCUGAAUGAGGAUGAAUUAAGGGAUGCUGUAUUGCUUGUUUUUGCAAACAAACAAGACCUUCCCAAUGCAAUGAAUGCUGCUGAAAUCACAGAUAAACUUGGUCUGCAUUCUCUCCGACAGCGCCACUGGUAUAUCCAAAGUACCUGUGCUACUUCUGGGGAAGGAUUAUACGAGGGACUGGACUGGCUUUCAAACAACAUUGCCAGCAAGGGUUAAAGGGACGAUGGGUGCUGGUUAUUUUUCUCAAUUAUGAUACCAAGCUGUGGCCUGUCAACACUAUUACAAUAUUUGUGCCUUUUUUCUAUAUACAGUGAAAUCUAGUUUUGGUUCAAAUAAAGUUCAUGCAGACUGUUUGGCUUUAAGUUUGUGUUUAGUGUCUUUUCUUUUUCCCCGUUAAUUACUCAUUCUUCAGGGAUGUUUAGCUGGCGCUAUCUGCUUUAUGAAUAUCGAGUAUAGUUUUUUAUUUGGCAGCAGAAAUUUAUGUGGAAACUGUGCUUCGCGCUUUUGUGACAAAAACUGUACUCCACAAUUUUGUCGCUUCUUGGAAUUGACAAACUUCAAGUGUCAUAUAACCGUUGUAACCCUCUAAAACAUUGAAAUUUAACGAUAUGUUCAUGUCAUCAGUUGGAAACUUU